GAUUAUUCAAAUUGCAAUCGCCAAACAGGUAAAGUAGAAUUUAGCUAAAGACAUUACAAGAUCAUUCCUUGUUCCUGUUCUAUACACAGGUAUUACCAUGGGUUGUUUUCAUUCCAUUCUAGAAGAUCUUCCGGUCCUCAAUCUGUUCAUAAAGUUCACUAUUGUCUUAACGACCUAUUAUCUCUUAAUAGCUAUUUAUCGAAUAUGGUUUCAUCCUUUGGCAAGAUUUCCUGGACCCCGUAUUUGUGCAAUCACAUUUCUAUACGAGAUAGGGUGGGAUUACUUCUAUGAGGGCACCUACGUGUACAGGAUUGAGGAGAUGCAUGAUCGCUAUGGUGCUAUCGUCAGAGUUAACCCCGAUGAAUUAUCUAUUAGAGAUCCGGAGUAUUAUAAAACAGUGUAUGUUGCUAGCAACACAAGGUCCACUUCUGCCUAUCCUGCAUUUGCCGCAGGGAUGGGUAUUCAAGGUUCUCAUCCUGUCACGAUAGAUCAUCAACUUCACCGCCAGCGGCGAAAACCGUUGGAGCCCUUUUUUACGAGUACAGGAGUCAAGAGAAUCUAUCCACUACUGAUAGAAUUAGUGCAGAAUCUCACAUCUCAGCUAAAGGAACAUCUCGAGAGAAAUACGAUUGUCCGGCUUGAUCACGCACUCUUUGCUUUCGCCGGAGACGUCAUGUGCAGAAUUUGUUUUGAAACCCAAGAUUCCACGUUUCUCUCAGAACCUAAUUUCUGUCCCCAGUGGUUUGCUUUACUCCAUACAAUAACCCGUUCUUCGCCCAUCAUUGUGAACUUUCCAUGGAUCUUCAGAAUCGUCGAGCUAAUUCCUGCAUCACUUAUCACUAAGCUAAGCCUCUCAGGCGAAAUGCUAAUGAAUUGGAGAACCAUGUCUAUCGACUACAUAGAUAGAGUAAAGCGAAGAGUGGCUAUAAACAAGCCCACCGAUCUCAGUGGCGGAUGUCCACCCUCUACAUUAUUCCAUGAUCUGUUAACAAGUGAUCUGCCAGCCUCUGAGCUAACAACUGACCGGCUUGGAGCUGAAGCACAAGUUCUUCUGAUGGCUGGCACCAUGUCUGUUGCCAGGUCCAUGGGUCAUCUGGUGGUCCAUAUUCUCUUGAACGUAGAUAUAAGACAGCGUCUCACGGAAGAGCUAAGUACUAUCGACUCGGAUGGCUCGCAAAACAUCCCAUCAUAUCAAAGCCUUCAGCAGCUUCCAUACUUGCAAGCGUGUAUUAAGGAAGGUUUACGGUCAGUUAUUCUAUGCAUAAGAUGUUAAGCUGGAGAAAUUUAAUGUAGGCAGAAUGAGCAUUGCUUCAAUGCAUAGAUUACCUCGCUGUUCACCUGAUGUUGCACUUCAAUAUCGUGAAUGGAUUAUACCUCCUGGAACACCUGUAGGUAUGUCCACGUAUUUGAUGCAUUACGACCCGGAUGUAUAUCCAGAGCCAAAAGUUUUCAAGCCUGAAAGAUGGCUUGGUGAAAUAAAUUCGAAGAUGCUGAGGAACUAUGUCCCCUUUGCCAAAGGAUCUCGUGACUGCUUAGGUACAGAGCUAGCUUAUGCCGAGAUCUCAAUAGUUCUUGCAGCUAUUUUCGGUCCGCACGGACUAAAACUUACUCUGUAUGAGACCGACAACUCUGACGUUGAUCCCUAUCAUGCAUUUGUGGGGUCGCUCCCCAAGCUGAGUAGUAAAGGUAUUCGGGUAACAAUGGAAUAACAACAUUGAAAAAUAAAAGUUUAUAAGCAAAGUUGGUUGACUUAGAAAACACAAAAGCAUUGAGUUCCAAGAGAGUAAUUGGUUUGAUAUACAGCUACCAUGUGAUCAGGAGACAUUGGGCUCAAUGACAAGCGAGCCAUAGUGGAACUCCUGCGGUAAUAUCACACGAUCAGAAGAAUGCGAAGGUCUAUACAAGCAAGAUGUAUUUCCUUAGUAUAUGAAGCUUUUUGCUCAACUCAUUUAGUUGUUCCUAUUUAGCGGAAUUCAAUUUCCUACUUGAUCGUCUUUCAAUACACAACCUAGCGUCCA